AUGCUCACAGACAGUCCCCCCUACGUUGAUGGAAUCAUAAUCCAUGGGUGUUUCUCUGAUCACACGGUCGCCGACGAGCACUUUGUGCUUCGUUGGCCGGACAACUUACCUCUAGAUUUCGGCGCUCCUCUCCUUGGUGCAGGAAUCACAAUGUACAGUUCAUUGAGGUAUUUUGGACUCGACAUGCCAGGUAUGCACAUUGGGGUGGUGGGUCUAAGAGGACAUGGCCAUUUAGUUGUGAAAUUUGUAAAGGCACUUGGUGGUAAAGUGACAGUGAUUAGUACAUCCCCUGAAAAGAAAGAGAGAGCUAUAAAAAACCUUGAUGUUGACUCAUUUUUGGUCAGUAGUGACCCCGAUCAGAUGCUGAUUGCAAUGGGCACACUAGAUGAUAUCAUUGAUACUGUCCCUGCAAUUCAUCCUCUUCAACCUUUAAUUGAUCUAUUGAAAAUCCAAGGAAAGCUUGUUAUGAACGGUGGACCAUUGGAGCCUCUAGAUCUGCCAAUGUGUUCUUUGAUUCUCGGUCGAAAAAUAGUGGUUGGGAUUGACAUUGGAGGGUUGAAAGAAAUGCAAGAGAUGCUUGAUUUUGCAGCAAAACACAAUAUUACAGCAGAUGUGAAGGUUAUUCCUAUAGACUACGUGAACACAGCAAUGGAACGUCUCGAUAAAAACGAUGUUAAAUACCGAUUUGUUCUGGAUAUUGAAAGCACAUUGAAGAUUGCUUAA